AUGUUUCUAGACAAGCCCCCGGACGACACCACGGCACCAUUUCAGUCUCCUCAGUCUCCUCCUCUACGCCAUCGUACGGGACCAGGCAACACAAUCGUUUGCAUUGAAGGCUCCUGUGCUCGAAACCCAAAGACAUUUACAAAGGCCGGGGAAAAGCACACUAAGAAACACACCCUCCCGUACCUGUGUCCUGUUGACGGCUGCCCCCGGGGCGUUCUGGGUGCAGGCUUUUACCAACGCCGGGAUAGAAACAAACACCGUGAUAGCCACUCGGCAGCCGCGUCGUUCCGUUGUCCGGUCGAGGGCUGUGACAGCACCGCGACAAGAGACUACAAUAUGGUCCGGCAUAUGAAGGACCAACACAAGAUCAAGAUCAAGAAGGCCGACUUGCACGCCUCUGCCAUCGUCCGUAGUCGUCACCAACGGUAG